AUGGCUAUGUUGAGAAUAAUCAUAAAAGUUUUCCAAAUAUUUUGUUUGAUUCCAUUCAAUUAUAAAACUGAAAAUGUUUCAAACUUUCUAACCAUCUUUUCAACUUGUGAUAGCUUCUGGUUGAUUGCACAUAUCAUCUUGAACAUAUCACUUAUGGCCAUCGGGAGAUUCCUCCAUUCAGAAGUGUUCCACGCUCAUUAUUUCGUAGGACACAUAAAUGAUAUUAUUAAAUUCUGUAUCGGAAUACUCACGGUGUUGGUGGCAUUGAUAGGUCGAAUCGCUUAUCGCAAAUCGCUUGCGAAUAUUUGGGCAUAUUUUGCAAAUCGGACAUCCAAUGGACUGAAUCACUGCAGUCCAGCCAUCAAAAAAUACUGCAUCAAGUUCUGGAUUUAUCACAUCGCCAUAAUUUUGAUUGAAUAUUGUGUUAUCCGAGGCAUUGGCUUCAACCAUCAGUGGCUUUACUUCUGGCUCAGUAAUAUCUAUCCGUCAACUAUGUGUAGAUUGAUUCAUUUGUGUCAUAUUUUGUACAUAGACUAUCUCAAUGAAGAAUUUGAGAAAUUGUUAGGAAAUUUAUCAAACGUUAAUAAGUUAAUGGAGGAAUUGAAAGAAUUUCGCAAGCCCGACGAUAGAUUUCAGCUAAAACUAAGAGAGAAUGUUUCACUUUUAUUGAGCUGUAAGAAACAAUAUAGCGCUAUAUGGAGCGUUAUGAGAACAGUUAACAAGUUGUAUGCAUGGGUACAGGUCCUUAAUAUUGCCAACAAUUUUAUUCAAUUUUCCUGUGACUUCUAUUGGGCUUACAUGCACUUUUAUAAACUCCUAAAAAUUGAAGGCAUAAGUGCACUCGUUCUUUGUCUCAUCCCAUCGCCAUUGGUUUUGUUGAUGUUGUUGACUGCCGCGGAGAAAUUUCGAACGCUUGGAGCCAAAGUGGGAAGUAUGCUUCACGAAAUUCCCAAAUUUGACAAUCCGGAAUUGUACGACAUUGUAUACAGCUUCUCGAUGCAAGUUAAACAACAACCAAUGCAGCUAUUGGCAUACAGUUUGAUGAAAAUUGACUAUUCUCUGACUAUAAGAAUAGUGGCCGGAGUCGCAUCAUAUAUGAUUAUAUUUAUACAGCUGACAUCAUAAUGUGUUAUAAGCGUUUUUCAUGGGUGGAUCAAAACGAAUAUGAAACAUAUUUUUGUUUGAGAUGUGUAAGUGGGCCAUAA